AUGGACCAUAAUCCUCUUGUAUCCAACUCCAUCCACACGGUCUCACAUUACAGUUUCUUCCCGGGUAAGCCCAGAUGGCCAGCUUCGAAAACACGCCUCACCUAUGCAUUUGAAGCAAAUACACCUGCUGCUGCAAUCAACCCCGUUGUACGAGCAUUCAACACAUGGGCUUCAGCAACGCAUUUCACAUUCUCACGAGUUCAAAAUAUAGCUGCUGCUGAUUUAGUUAUCGGUUUUCAUAGGCGCAAUCAUGGCGAUGGACUACCCUUCGAUGGCCCUGGUGGGGUACUUGUUCAUGCUUUCGCCCCGACCAAUGGAAGGUUUCACUACGACGCAGAUGAUAGAUUCUCCGUAGGGGCUGCAGCAGGAGCAUCUGACCUAGAAACCGUCGCUCUUCACGAGAUUGGCCAUCUUCUUGGCUUGGCCACAGCUCAGUUCACACAUCAAUUUGCUACAAUGGUGGUGUGGUGGCACAAAAAUCAUGGAAACGAUGAUGGAAGAGGAGUUCAACUUCAACAAUAG